AUGUUGGGCCAGAGUGUCCAGAGGUUCACCACCUCUGUGGUUCAUUGUAGCCAUUAUGAGGAGGGCCCAGGGAAGAAUUUUCCAUUUUCAGUGGAAAAUAAGUGGCGGUUACUGGCGAUGAUGAGUGUGUACUUUGGAUCUGGAUUUGCUGCUUCUUUCUUCAUUGUAAGGCACCAGCUUCUUUAA